CUACCUACUGGUCAGCCGUAGAGAAAAUAUAAGCACAGAGAUAAGAAGGAAAGAAAAGAGAAAAUCCUUGUUCUAUUGCGGAAGAAGAGCUCUCUCUCUCUCUCUCUCUCUCUCACACUCUACAUCCUUUCUCGCUUUAACUAAGCCAGCUCUCUCCUUCUCUAUCAUCCACAUAAUCAGUGAAUUUAGGGUCUUCAGUGUUGUUUUGUGAUGGAAAAUGGGGUUGGGAUUGUUGAUGGGUCUCAUUUGGGAGAGAAGAAAGGUGUGGAAGAUGAAGUUUUGGAGUUGAGAGCAGAGGAAAAGGCUGUAAUUGGGUCGGAUGGAUCUAAAGAUUCAGAAGAAGAUGAAGUGUUUGAGGAGGCGGUUGAGGCAGAGACGCCAACAGUUGAUUCAGAGGAGCUUGCUGUAACUAAAGGUGGUAAUGUUGAGAAAACUGGGAAUUUGGGUGGUUCUUUGGAAGUUGAUGAGAAGUUGGAUGUAGCACAUGAGACUGAGAAGUUUGAAGAGGCAAUUGGAGUUCCCACUGAGAUUCACAAUCCUGAGGAGGCGGCUCCUGUUGUCAUUGGGGAGAAGGGGGGAGGUUCCAUAGGCCUGGAGCCUGUUGAUGAGGCUCCUGUGAAGGGGAUGGAGGAGGAGCGUAGUCCCUCCGAGGAAGUUGUGAGGGAUUUGUUAAGUGGGUUGGAGAAUGAUAAAAAUGAAUCUGAUGUUGGUGCUGCUGAUAAAAUACAAACUCUGGAAGAUAGAGAUGAGGUGUAUGAGAAUUCCGGUCUUGUGCUUGAGAGGCUGGAACUUGGGGUUUCGAAUAAUGUGAAUUUGGAAGGACUACUGGUCGGUGAAAACAAAUCUGAUGUUGGUGCUACUGGUAAAAUAGAAGCUCUGGAAGAUAGAGAUGAGGUGUAUGAGAAUUCCAGUCUUGUGCUUGAGAAGCUGGAACAUGGGGUUUCAAAUAAUGUGAAUUUGGAAGGACCACUGGUCAGUGAAAACUCAGAUGAUGGAGAUGUUGACAAGCAGGAAAUGCUGGUUGAGGACAAAUUAGAAACUAGAGAUGCCAACAAGGUGAAGGGAGGUGAUACUGAUUCUCAGCAAAAUGUUGAAUCCAGCGGAGAGAUUUUGCAUCUAGCAGAAAAGAAUGUGGAAGUAAAUCCAGCAUCUGGUAUUUUGGAGUCUGAACAUCAAAAUGACAAGAGUGGGGAACUGGAAGAUGCUUCAGCUGGCCUUUACUCUGAGCAUCAAGUUGACAAUAUUGAAGAACUAAAGGACGAUGUGGUGGACCUAAACACUGAAGAACUGAAAGAUGAGAGUAAGCAACUGAAAGACGAAGCUUGGGCUAGACCAAAUGCGGGGCAUCAGGAUGACAAUGGUGAAGAACAGCAGGACAUUUCGGUUAAUAUGGAUUUAAAAGAUCAAGUUGACAGGAAUCGAGAACUGAACGAUACCUCAGACAUCAUUGAGUUGGAGAAUUGUGGUGGAAACUGCAAACAGGAAGAUAACCUUCAUACUUCAGUGGAGGAAAGGAGGGUAAGUACCGAGGUUCCCUCUGAACCUUCUCUGGGGAAUGCUAUUGAGAAGGAUGAGAAGAAUCAAACUCCCACUGCUGAUUUGGGAGCUGAAAAUUCUAAGGGUCCUCAAUCUCAACUUGCAGUGUCAAAUGUUGCAGUUUCCAAUGGUGAGGCAGAGGAGCCUGAAAAGAAAGGAGCAAAAGAUGAGGGGAUGAAGCAAAGCCCUCCAGAAAAUAGAGAACAAGAGAUCAGGCCUGUGGCAGGCGUUCCUUCGUUCCCCAGGAGAUCUUCAAAUUCCGCUUCCACUCCUGCUCGUCCUGCUGGUCUUGGCCGUGCUGCCCCUCUAUUGGAGCCUGCUCCGCGAAUAGUACAGCAGCAUCAGGUAAAUGGAUCAGCAUCCUCGUUGCAAAACCAGCUGAUUGAAGACCCAACAAAUGGAGAGGCGGAGGAAAACGAUGAGACCCGUGAAAAACUCCAGAUGAUACGGGUCAAAUUCUUGCGCCUUGCUCAUAGGCUUGGGCAGACUCCCCAUAAUGUUGUUGUUGCUCAAGUUUUGUAUAGGCUGGGAUUAGCGGAGCAGCUGCGAGGUAGAAAUGGGGGCCGUGUUGCUGCCUUUAGCUUUGACCGUGCAAGUUCUAUGGCAGAGCAGCUAGAAGCAGCUGGCCAGGAGCCCCUUGAUUUCUCUUGCACAAUCAUGGUUCUUGGUAAAACGGGUGUUGGCAAAAGUUCAACUAUCAACUCAAUAUUUGAUGAAGUUAAGUUUGGCACUGAUGCUUUUCAGGUAGGGACAAAGAAGGUUCAGGAUGUUGUGGGAACUGUGCAGGGGAUCAAGGUAAGGGUUAUUGACACACCAGGCCUUCUACCUUCAUGGUCAGACCAGCGCCAGAAUGAGAAAAUCCUCCUGUCUGUGAAACGGUUCAUUAAGAAAACACCCCCUGACAUUGUUUUGUAUCUUGAUAGGUUGGAUAUGCAGAGCAGGGAUUUUGGUGACAUGCCAUUAUUGCGCACUAUCACUGAAAUAUUUGGACCAUCAAUAUGGUUCAAUGCGAUUGUGGUUCUGACCCAUGCUGCAGUUGCUCCGCCUGAGGGCCCAAAUGGUACUGCUACGAGUUAUGAUAUGUUUGUCACUCAACGGUCUCAUGUUGUCCAGCAAGCAAUUCGCCAGGCAGCUGGAGAUAUGAGGCUAAUGAACCCUGUCUCUCUGGUGGAGAACCACUCAGCAUGCAGAACAAACAGGGCUGGUCAGAGAGUGUUGCCAAAUGGUCAGGUUUGGAAGCCUCACUUGCUACUUCUUUCCUUUGCGUCCAAAAUUUUGGCUGAAGCAAAUACGCUUCUAAAGUUGCAAGAUAGUCCACCUGGAAAGCCUUUUUCUAAUCGAGUUAGAGCACCUCCUUUACCAUUCCUUCUUUCAUCCCUUCUCCAAUCCAGACCCCAGGUGAAACUUCCAGCUGAGCAGUUUGGGGAUGAUGAUGACACUCUGGAUGAUGAUUUGGAUGAGUCUUCAGAGUCUGAUGAUGAAUCAGAAUAUGAUGAAUUGCCUCCAUUUAAACGGUUGACCAAGGCCCAGCUGGCAAAGCUUACUAAAUCUCAGAGGAAGGCAUAUUACGACGAACUAGAGUAUAGGGAAAAACUUUAUAUGAAGAAACAGUUGAAGGAAGAGAAAAAGAGACGGAAGAUGAUGAAGAAAAUGGCAGCUUCAGCUAAGGAUUUGCCUAGCGAGUAUAGUGAUAAUGUUGAAGAAGAGAGUGGUGGUGCAGCAUCUGUGCCAGUUCCCAUGCCGGACUUGGCCUUACCUGUUUCUUUUGAUUCUGAUUACCCAACUCACCGGUAUCGUUGCCUUGAUUCUUUGAACCAGUGGCUUGUGAGACCUGUCUUAGAACCUCAUGGUUGGGAUCAUGAUGUUGGUUACGAAGGCAUAAAUGUAGAGAGAUUAUUUGUGGUUAAAGACAAGAUACCUGUAUCUUUCUCUGGCCAGGUCACUAAGGAUAAAAAGGACACUAACCUCCAAAUGGAAAUGGCAAGUUCGGUGAAGCAUGGCAAAGAGAAAGCAACUUCUUUGGGUUUUGAUAUGCAAACCAUCGGAAAGGAGAUUGCAUACACUUUUCGCUGUGAGACCAUGUUUAGCAAUUACAGGCAAAACAAGGCAAUGGCUGGUCUUUCAGUAACUCUUUUGGGUGACUGCUUAACAGGUGGAGUGAAAGUCGAGGACAAGUUGAUGGUUACAAAACGAGGCCGGUUGGUUGUGUCUGGGGGUGCCAUUUUUGGUCGUGGUGAUGCUGCUUAUGGUGGCAGCUUGGAAGCCACCUUGCGAGAUAAAGAUCAUCCUUUGGGCCGUUUUUUAACGACUGUGGGGCUAUCUGUCAUGGACUGGCAUGGAGACCUUGCCAUUGGAUGUAAUGCACAGACCCAAAUCCCUGUUGGACGAUUUACGAACUUGAUUGGCCGUGUCAAUUUUAAUAACAGGGGGUCGGGACAAGUUAGCGUUCGCUUGAAUAGCUCGGAACAGCUUCAAAUAGCCUUAGUUGGCCUAAUUCCACUUCUCAGAAAGCUGCUUGGUUAUUCUCAAGCGGUGCAGUUUGGACAAUGA